CGCAGCAGCAGCUUAAUUAGCAGCCAGGGAGCUAGCUAGCAAAGGCAACCAAGUAACUAAGCAGUGAGAAAGUUAGAAAGCAAGAGCUUGAUCAGCUGUUAACUAGGAAGAUGAUGAUGGGGGUGCCCAUCAAGGUGAGGGAGGUGGAGAUGGAGAGGGACCUGGCGGCGGUGGAGGAGCUCGAGCGCCGCUGCCAGGUCGGCAUCUCCGGUGACCAGAACCAAGGCUCCGUCGCCGACGCCGAUGGCGGCGGUGACAAGAAGAAGAAGAGCAAGAAGAAGAAGAUGUCGCUGUGCGUGGAGCAGAUCGGCGACCCGCUGGCCAGGGUCCGCCACGCGCCGGAGCACGUCAUGCUGGUUGCCGAGUAUGGGGAGAAGAUGGUUGGGAUGAUCAAGGCCUGCAUCAAGAUGGUGAGCCUCCCCAACAGCAGCAGCACCAAGCCUUCGCCACCAUCAUCGGCGACUUCUUCUUCUUCCUUGUCAUCUUCUUCCUCCAGCUCCCCUGAGCAGCAGCAGCAAGAAGAAGAAGAGCCGUACGUGAAGGUCGCCUAUCUCCUCGGCCUCCGAGUCUCCCCUUCCCACAGGCGGAAGGGGAUCGGGGCGGCGCUGGUGCAGGCGGCGGAGGAGUGGAGCCGGGCCCGGGGCGCGGCGCGGGCGACCAUGGCGACGACGGCGUCCAACAAGGCGUCGCUGGCUCUCUUCGUGGGCCGGUUCGGGUACUCGCCGUUCAGGCGGCCCGUGUUCCUGGGCCGGCCCGUGCACGCGCGCCGCCUGCCCAUCCCGGCCGGCCACCGCGUCUUCCACCUCCAGCCCCCUCUCGCCGCCGCCGCCUACGCGCGCCAUUUCCCCCCAGAGGAGACCGAGUUCCUCCCCGCAGAUCUCCCCGCUCUCCUCAACCACAAGCUCACCCUCGGCACCUUCCUCGCCGUCGAGGCCGCCGAGAGCAGCCCCGCCGCCUCGGACAGCUCGUUCGCCAUGCUGAGCGUGUGGGACUCGACGCGCGCGCUGCGGAUGCGGGUGGAGGGCGCGCCGGGGUUGCUCAGGGCGGGUCUCGCCGCGGUCCGGGAGCUCGACCGCCGCGCGCCAUGGAUGCGGGUUCCUUCGGUGCCGGACGUGUUCCGGCCCUUCGGCGCCUACCUCCUCUACGGGGUGCGCAUGGCGGGGCCGCGGGGCCCGGCGCUGCUCCGGUCGCUCUGCCGCCACGCGCACAACGUGGCACGCGAGAACCCGGCCUGCGCCGUCGUCGCCGCCGACCUCUCGCCCGACGACCCCGCCGCCGCCGCUGUCCCUCGCUGGCGCCGCUUCUCCUGCGACGAGGACGUCUGGUGCAUCAAGGACCUCGACGGCAAUGGCGACUGGCCGGCGCCGCCCGCGCCGGCGCCGGGGACCGUCCUGUUCGUCGACCCCCGCGAGUUCUAAUCCGCCAUGGCCAUGCCGUGCCAUGGCAUCGGCAUCGGCAUUGCCGUGGACGGCGCAGGCAGGAGCAGGCAGCUGGAUCGUCUCUGGCUGCCCAAUUUUGACAGUGAUGUACACAUUAGUAUAUCUGGUGCUGCGACGAACGGCGGCAAUGACCUGCCUUUGCCGCUUGUGGCAACAACUCCCCCAAGUUAAAAUUAGCUUAAUUCAAGAGUGUGAUAUUAGAGAAAUUAGUCAAUUAAUUAGCUUAACUUUAGUUUGGUUCCGAGGCCAGGAACAACAGCAAUGGAAUGCUUAGCAGACCCUAGUUUCUCUGAUCAUUGUUCAUGUCAUUGCAGAAUCAAACCAAUGCCACUUCUUGUUUCUC